CAAUCAGCUUCGAGUUUACAGGGACGUCGUGCCUAAACAAUAAAAUGCAUGCCGCAAGGCCGACGUAGCUCCAAAUACUAGGCCGCGCCGUGUACUUUCUUUUGACGUCAAUUACAUAUUAUUGUGGUUAUUAAGUUUAAGGCGGUGACAAAAAAUGAGCGCUUACAAGUUCAACCCGCUUUGAAACUCGUUGAGACGACGUUAGCUCGGUAAUGCUAGCUAGUCUCUGAUGUGUUCACUCGCGUUAGCCAAUAUUCUGUUUUAAUUCGAGAGAUAGCAGUCCAAAGUUGCAGUAGGGGGUGUUUUUUAGCUCAUAGUAAUCUAAUGUUAUCGGAUUAUUUAUGCUAAACAAAUGUAGCGGUGUUCAUUACCGAUAGCCACUUGACGUGAUUGCAAAUUGUAAAUCUGGCAUUAGCCUAGCUUCAACGUCGAGUCCCAGCAAACUGGACAAAACAUUAGAUCUAGUCGGCUUUAAGUCGGGCACAGCGGGUUCGCUGACCCCACAGAAGAAAAUGAAAAAGAGGAAGGAGUUAAAUGCCCUCAUUGGACUCGGAGACAGCAAGAGGAAGAAGGCGAAGAAGGGCUCCGGUCACCGGCUUCUACGUACCGAGCCACCGGACUCGGAGUCCGACUCGAGUUCGGAGGACGACGAGUUCCAUAACAACAGUGGAGCGAGCUUUGGGAAAAGAAGCUACAGCCAGUGCUGCGCUGUGUGCUACCCCUUGUUUCUCUUCAUCAUACUGGCCGCCUGUGUCAUGGCUUGCGCUGGACUCAUAUGGAUGCAGGUUUCCCUGAAAGAAAAUUUCGAUUCCAUGAAAGAAAGAUUGCACAGCAUGGAAUCAAGCCAGAAAGCAUCUUCAAGUGAACUACCAAAACUAAGUGAGGACUUGAAAACAGAAGACAGAAAGCUUGAUGACAUUGAGAGUGGGGACAAAGGGCUGGGCAAACUUUGGUCUAACUUCACAGAGAUGAACAGAAAAAUCACGUUACUGGACUCCGCGGUAAACCAUUUAAAGACCAACUUGAAGUCGGCCUCCGAUUUAAUUAGUCUACCCACUACAGUAGAAGAACUUCAAAAGAGCGUGGCUACAAUUGGGAGCACACUAACCAGUGUGCAACACGACGUGAAAACUAUGCAGACUGCCAUCGAAAACCAGAAGAAGUCAGACGACGGGCUUAAGGCAACAAUGGACCUAACUGACCUGAGGAAAGCAGUGAGCGAGGCCAACCAGACUGAGGUGCUGCACCACACGUGGACCGACGAGCAGAUCCACAUCCUCCUGGUGACAAUUGCAGAGUUGCAGCAGAGAGUAGCGUCGUUGGAGAAGGGUUCCAAACAAAACGAAGCUGAAUCUCAUCCCCUCAAAAGCAGCGGCCUUCAACCCUUCAAGAAGAUGAACGAGACAAAAACAACCAUCGCGUCAUCACCAGAUAACUCAACGCUAACUCCAGAGCCGCAGACCAGCAGACACCCACGCUUCGUCACCCCAGGCCGCUCCAAGAGAAACGCUGAUGUCAAAUGCCAAAAUAGGCGUUCACGUCCUGCAGUCGCAUCACUGAAAGGUCUGGAAAAGAUCUACGUAGACAUCAGCCCUGAUUCAGCGGGCUUGACUUACGAGGAGCUGUGGGGAAAACUUGGGCCAUCGAUUCCGAAAGCUCGCACCUUGAGGUGCUUUGACGCUGAUGGAGAUGAGAGGUACUCCCUGAUGGAGUUGAGAACCGCUUUUGAUGUGUGAGCAUGUAAACCCCGCCCCCUUCCUGCCCCACAGUGAACUGCAUUGAAUGAAGUCUAGUCGGGUCUGGCUCAUGGUAGCGGGGACUAUUGGCUCCACCCCUUUUCCUGCAAUUGCUGCACUUUUAGUGUGAACUGAACAUUGCUCAUGCUGAUUUUUGGAUCUCGAUUCUCUUCCAUUUUGUUCAAGUUCAGCACAACCUCAUCCCGAAAAAAAUUUACCUUAAAUGAAUCCGUGAUGUACUUUUUAAACUAACAUUUUCACACCAUCACUCAACUAGAGUUGCUGCACACGUUAGGUUUUUCAUUCAAUUAUGCUGUUUUUUGUUUUCAAUGCAAUGCCCAACUCUCCCCUGGUAUGAAAGUGAAAUGUAUUUUAUGAAUGUUUACAAAUGACUACUAGAAGCAGAAUUAGAUUUUUUUUUGUUUUGUUUGGCUUCAGUUUUAGACAGUUUCCCAUACCUGCUGAAACCCUUGAUUGAUACCAUCAGUGUGAAACUGAAUGCGUUUUAUUAUAUUUAAGGUAUGUUUUGCCUAUAAACAAGAUUUAAAGGGCUAUGUUCACUUUGAAACACUUACGACUUUAGAAGCUAACGUAGCAAUAAUAAUGACAUAGCAUGAUGACUAUUGCAGUAACAGGUAGUACAUGAUGCACUGACAUCACUCUUUUAAUAUAUUUAACUCCAUGUGUAUGCUGUAUUCACCUGUAUCUCAAUUUAUCCUAUUCAGGGUGUCAGAGAAGUUAAAUUUGCAUUACAAUCCUAAACUCUGCAUUUUAUGUUUUUAAUUAAGAUUGUUUUGCAUUGCAAGUUGGUUAUGAUAAUGUACAUAUAAUUUAUGACAGAGCUGUAAUUGACUGUGCAGUAGUAGUGCAGGACAAUGAGCUCAAAAUGCAACAGCUUGGGCCACUAAGAAGGGUGUUGGUCUCAGCUGCUUCUAUAAGAUUUUAUGAGUGUUCUUGUGUGACCGCCAAUGAAUAAAGAGUAAAAUAUUUAA